AUGACGAGGCCAACAAUUAUCCGAGCCGACACGAUCGACUUGCAAGAUCAUCACGCUCCUUCGGCCAAGGAUCACCAUCACGCCCCCGACGUCGCUUCAGGCGCCUCGUCCCCCGCGCCCCUCGCUCCUCACCAGGCCGAGACCCUUCGCGAAGUUGCGCACGAGACGGCCGAGGAGGAGGCCCGCAGCCCGAGAGUUUCGUGGUCAAACGGCAAGGGCGGCGCCAACGGCGACGCCUUGCAGCAAUACGCCCCCGACAACGAUCUCGGUCCCGACAUGUACCAUCACGACAACCAGCAACACCACGAGGAUGCCCUGGCCAUCGCUCAGAAUGGCGGCGUGUCGUCCUCGGACGAGGGCGAUCUCGAUGGUGAUGCCGACGGCGACCUCGACGACGACAUGAUGGACAAGAUCUCCAGUUCUCCGUCUAUUGAAGAUGAGGACAUUGAUUUCGAGUUUGUCUAUGCGCUGCACACCUUUGUGGCCACCGUCGAGGGCCAGGCGAACGCGACAAAGGGCGACACCAUGGUCCUGCUGGACGACAGCAACAGCUACUGGUGGCUCGUACGAGUCGUCAAGGACAGCAGCAUAGGCUAUCUGCCGGCAGAGCAUAUUGAAACGCCGACCGAGAGACUGGCACGGCUCAAUAAACACAGGAACAUUGAUCUUUCUGCGACUAUGCUUGGCGAUCAAGCCCAGAAGCAAAAGAACUCUUUCAAGUCGAUCCGGAGACGGCGGAAGACCGUGACCUUUGCCGACCCGACAUACGUCGACUACUCUGAUUUUGACUAUUCGACCGACGAAGAAGACAUUGAAGAGCUCUUCGGGCCACAUCCGACAGCGUCCGCGCAGAAGAAGGAACGCCAGAAGCAGGAUCAGCAGCAGAACAAUGAACACCUGUCUGCCGAGGAUGAAGUCGAGGAGAGUGCCAGAGUAGAGCCCCUCAAGACGCGAGCAACCAAGGAUGAUGUGUCCACCGACCUCGUGAAAGAGGAGUCCGGAUCUCAGAACGAGGCGCGCGACAGCGAUGAAAUCGUCGAGAAGCUGGAAGGCCCCAGCAGGUCAAGAAAUGGCACCGUUCGCAACACCGACAGCUUCUUUAAGGACGAAACUGUCGAAACCAAGAAGAUCACACUCACGCCGAACCUGUUACGUGACGACAACACGCCACGAGAAUCAUCGGAGUCAAUAACCAGGGACGGCAAGUCGAGAUCUAGCCUGGACAAGCUGGACAAGGAGCUAGUCUCCGACAAGGACAGGAAGAAGGCGGCCAAGGAUAAGGACAAGAAGGACAAGGAUAAGAAGCCCAGCGCGAUCAGGAGCUUCUUCUCACGAAAGGACAAGAAGAAGACGUCAGAGGAAGAUGAUGAGUCCUUCGGAAAGCGAUCCAUGGACAUGGUUUCCGAUUCCAGAGACAGCGAUGAGCGCGUGGCGGAAGACCUGGUCGCGGACAAGGCUGCCGGUGCCCAACGAGCUUCAGGGAAGCUGCAGAAGACUGCCCCGUCCGCAAAGGCAGCCAGCAGCACUGCCGGCGCGAAGUCGGUGGAGCUUUCCUCGUAUCUGGCUGAGGGUCGGACAAACGACGUUUCCAACGUACCCCCGACCUCGAUGCGCAUCGUUGACCCGGAGUCUCAGCCCGCGCCGGAAACGACGGCCGCAAGCCAGCAAGCCGGAGGAGAGGUCACUCGCGAGCGAUCCUCAUCCAACGCUGCCCAACAGGUCAUCGCCAAGAUCAUGCCUACUCGAACAGCGAGUACGACCACGGAUGCCAAGCCGCAGAAGACGGUCAAGGCGAAAACCCGCAUGGAACUCGACGCGUCCGACAGCUCCGAGGUUGAGGAUGCGCCGACGGAUCACAGCCAACCCAUGGCUCCGGAGCCCUCAAAGGGAGACGUGAAGGAGAGUCGGGAAAAGCCUACACGACCACAGCUCCCAGGUGCCUUUCCUGAUAGCUAUCAAACAAUCUCGACGGUGGCGAGCGACAACACGAUCACCCCGCAGCAGGCGCAGCAGAACUUUUCGGAGGACCCCUAUAUGUCACCUUCCAACUCAUCAGCAACCGCCUCUUCCCAUCCCCCGGCUCUUGUUGUCGACACUUCGUCGCCUGAGGCAGGCUCCCCCGAAGCCUCCCCGUCGCCAGACCAGACCCAUCAUGCGAAUGGCAAUCAGAAGGACAGCCCAGGAAAUAGGGAGCCAACCUGGGACGACAAUAAGCUGCGAGCGUUCUUCGACGAGACGGAUCACAUUCGCGACUUGUUGGCUGUGGUCUACGACAAGACCGAUGUUGAGCCCGUGAGCAGCGAUCACCCUGCCAUCGGCGGUCUGUUCCGCGAGCAAAAUGCCAAGCUGGCCGAAAUAACAACACAACUGGACAACAUGCUAGGCGACUGGCUGGCCAGGAAGCAACGUCUCCGAGGCACCAUAUAG